ACAACAGGAAGUGCUUCUGGACCAGUGUUGCAAAAUCAUCUAUACACAUAAAUGUUUACGUGACAAAUUACAGUAAACAACAGCCACGUGGUCUCGAAAGUCACGUGACUGAUCCAGGAAGUGAAGACGGGAGGUACGUUCAGUACGGUAAGUUAAGAUGGUGUCUCUUAUCUGCACCCUACAAAGUCACCGGGAUGAUGUGAACUGCUGCGCGUUCUCGAGCACUCUGCUCGCCACCUGUUCGGGUGAUAAAACUAUCUGCGUGUACUCGACGGGUGACUUCAGCGAGUUGCCGUUUUCGCCGCUGUCCGGACACGGCUAUGGAGUUCACUGCUGUUGUUUUAGCCCGUGCGGUCAGUACCUGGCCUCCUGCUCCACCGAUGCAACCACCGUGCUGUGGUCGAUGGACACUGGGGAAAUCGAGGCCGUCCUAGAGCAUCCCGGCAGAAGUCCCGUCAGGGUCUGCGCCUUCUCCCCUGAUUCAUCUCACCUCGUGUCUGGAGGCUCUGAUGGGACCAUCGCACUGUGGGAUUUUACCUCAAGGACUCUGCGCAAGACGGGUGCAGUUUCUGACACCAGUAUAGUUGCCUGCUCUUUCACUCCGUGCUCUCAGCUGUUCAUCACUGGCUCCACAUAUGGAGAUCUGAGACUGUGGGACCUGAAAAUGAACCAUCUCCAUGCGGAGAAGAACGCCCAUGACCUCGGCGUCUCCUGCUGUCAGUUUGCUCCUCAAAUAAUGAAGGAUCCAAAUGGCUUUGAUUGCUAUCGUCUGGCAUCAUGUGGACAGGACAGUUUGCUAAAGAUAUGGAUUGUUUCUUGUGUAUCUUCUGCAGGUGUUAAAAUGCAACUCAUUCACACUUUGACGGGUCAGUCUGCUCCAGUUCUGUCAUGUGCUUAUUCUGCUGACGGACAGAUGCUGGUGUCUGGAUCUGUGGAUAAGACCGUGACUGUCUAUCAAGCUAACGAGGGGAUCUUACUCUACACGCUUAACCAACACGACAGGUAUGUGACCGCAUGCGCUUUCUCCCCUACGGCCUCCAUCAUCGCAACUGGAUCCAUGGACAAGAGCGUCAAUAUCUGGAGGGUUGAGGAUGGUUGUAGUGCUCGAGGCAAAUGUCUUCCUGAGUCUUUGGGCCUGCGGAGUAAAGUCAUGAAGAAGAUCGAGGAGUUGAAGAUGUCCCCCGUCUGUAACGGUACUCCCGAUGAGUACCUCUGUCCAAUCACACGUGAGGUCAUGAAGGACCCUGUGAUCGCUGCAGACGGCUACUCGUAUGAACGGGAGGCUAUUGAGAGUUGGAUCAACACAAAGAGUCGCACUAGUCCCAUGACCAACCUCCCCCUGCAGACCACUCUCCUGACACCCAACCGCACCCUUAAAAUGGCCAUCUUCCGCUGGACCACCAGCCAGUGAAUUCCAACGUCACUCCAUUAGAGUAUAUGUAUAUUAAUAAUAAUACUGACCCCAGACCAGCAAUCCUGGCUGUCACUUACCUGACAUCUGUGGUAAUACUAAGUCCACAUUCUAUAAAGUACAGGAUCAACUUAUCUACAGUAGUAACUUAAAGAGUCUGACAGAAAUGUCUCAGGUUUCUCACUACAUUAAGGCUGAACCCGAGCUAAAACAAGAACUUUAUUGUAAAUAUGAUAAGAGGUAUAUGAUUGUAGUUAUGCUGCAUUUCGAUUGAUGUAGUUCAUAACAUUCAGCUUAAUGAGUUUUAAACAGCAGUCAUCAUAAAUGUUUGUCGACCACUUUCUGGAAGUAGGGGCCAGUUUGCUGGCAUAAUUAUGAUUCUUCUGUAUUGUUUUUAUAUCAUUUACAGUACAAAACUAUUUAUUUAGUCCGGUUUCAUUUCAGUUUAUAGGCUGCUACUGAUUCUUUAUAGCAUUAUCAACCGGAUGUCCUGUGUUAUGUUGUUCAUAUUAUUAUAUACAACGGUAUAAUAUACUGAAGCUUUAAAUGCUCUUUGCAUCUACAUAUAAUGUAUGCAUUUAUUCAUGGGCUGCACUUUCAUUACAUAAAUGUACUAUGAAUGUUAUGUAUAAUACAGUAUAUGAUGUAAAAAAAAAGUUAUGACGCUAAUAACACGCAUCACUGGCUUUGUUUUGAUAAAUUUGAUGAAAGAUUAAAAGAUAUAGCGGUAAAAUCAUAAACCAUUAUACAGUGUAUUUAUUAUGCUGGCAAUAAUUGGUUGUUAAUAAGGCAAGCAUCCCUGUUGCUAUUGAUGAAAAAAAUUACUAACCAACCCUUGGCUAUGUAUACUGAGUUGGACUUGAUGAGACUAUUUCCAGUGCACUUAUGUAUAGCUGUUCUUUUCUAUUGUUUACGUCAUUUGUAAGUCGCUUUGGACAAAAGCGUCUGCUAAAUGAUUAAAUGUAAAUGAUGAAAUCCAUAUUAAAAUAUGAUGUAUAACAGUC